UGGACAACAACAAUAACAAAGUGUGCUUCUGCAGACUAGGUGGCAUGGUGGCUUCUCCGGCAUGAAAUAUGCACCUCCUUUCCUUCGGGAAGUGUGCUGACAGAGCUGCGGAAGAAGUGUUGGAGGGCCUGCUUAACUUGAAGAUGUUUGGCAGUGGGAAAGGGAAGUGGUUUGUGAGGAAGCACAAGAGGCAGUAUCAGCAGCAGCAGAGGUCUGCCAGGAGGCCGUGCACCAAGCAGAACAAGCGGUGGGCCGGUAAGAUCCUCAAGCAGCACAGGCAGAAACUCCUGAGCGAGCUAGACGUCACCGCCGUGCUACCCUACUUGGUCUACGAUAAGGUGUUUUCGCUUGGGGAAUACAAGGAAAUCCUGGGACAAGAGUCCAACAAGAGGCGCACUGAGAUCUUCCUGGACCGUCUGUCUUCCAAAGGACCUGCUGCGUUCUGCUCCUUCUGCUCGGUCUUAGAGGAGGUGUGCCCGCACUUGCUUACCUACUUUCUGUUGGAUGGAGAAGAUGGCGCGCCAGGAGGGAGAAAGAAUGGGGCGCUCCCCGUGCCCCCAAACAGUUCUGGAGAGGAACCUCUGUGCCCGCCUCCCAUGUACACUGACCCAGUGUUUGACUCUAGGAUACACCCCAGCCCGACCGCCGGCUCUGUCACAGCCGCCUCCUCUGUGAGCACCGUUCAGGGCAAGCCGUCGCUGCGCCGCAUUAAGGGCCGAAUUCACAGGAGCAAGAGCCUGGACAGCAUCGACCUCCUGGACUCCAAUAGCGCAGCAAUGGAGGAGACUGUCAUUUGGGAACAGCACACUGUAACACUGCACAGGGCACCAGGGUUUGGCUUCGGGAUAGCCAUAUCAGGAGGCCGAGAUAACCCUCAUUUUCAGAGCGGUGAGACCUCCAUUGUUAUCUCAGAUGUGCUAAAAGGCGGCCCAGCUGAAGGGCUACUACAGGAAAAUGACAGAGUUGUCAUGGUCAAUGCUGUGUCCAUGGAUAAUGUGGAGCACGCCUAUGCAGUCCAGCAGCUUCGUAAAAGUGGAAAAAUUGCCAAAAUUACAAUCAGACGGAAGAGGAAGGUGCAUGUCCCCAUGGGUCGUCUCGGGGAGCGGGAAACAAUGUCAGAGCAUGACGAGGAGGAGGACAGCUACGAUGAAGAGAUAUAUGAGACGCGGAGCGGACGCAGUGGCGCGUACAGCGGCAUGGGCGGAGCCAUGGGUAGGCGCAGCGGUCGGAGCUGCAGCCGAAGGGACAGGGAACGUGAACGAAGUGGCUCGCGGGAGAGAAGUCUCUCACCACGCUCAGAUCGCCGCUCACACAACCUGCCCCCUCGCCCCGCCAAAGUGACGCUGGUUAAAUCACGCAAAAAUGAAGCAGAAUAUGGCCUGCGCCUGGCCAGCCACAUUUUCGUCAAGGACAUCUCGCCAGAGAGCCUCGCAGCCAGGGAUGGAAACAUCCAGGAGGGAGACGUUGUACUGAAGAUCAACGGCACAGUGACCGAGAACCUCUCCUUGAUCGAUGCCAAGAAGCUGAUAGAAAGGUCGAAAGGCAAGCUAAAAAUGGUUGUUCAGAGGGAUGACCGAGCGACCCUGCUGAACAUCCCUGACCUCGAUGACAGCAUUCCUUCAGCCAACGCCUCAGACAGAGACGACAUUUCAGAUAUCCAUUCUCUGGCAUCCGACCAUUCUAAUCGAUCGCAUGACAGACUUCGUAGCAGCCGCUCCCGCUCUCCAGACAGACGAUCGGAACCGUCAGACCACUCCAGGCACUCGCCACCUCAAAUCAGCAAUGGCAGUCACAGAAGUCGAGAUGAGGAGCGGAUAUCAAAAGCGGCUUCAACACCAGCAAAGCUUUCAGAGGAAGUUCCUCUGCCCAAGCCGAAAGAGCCGGCUCUCGCUAAAGAUGAGAAACAACUUCCACCGCUGCCAGAACCGAAGCCAGUGUACGCCCAGCCUGGACAGCCUGACGUCGACUUGCCUGUCAGCCCAUCUGAUGCCCCUGUGCCAAGUGCUGCUCACGAUGACAGCAUCCUUCGGCCAAGCAUGAAGCUGGUGAAGUUCAAAAAGGGUGAGAGUGUGGGGCUGCGGCUGGCGGGAGGGAAUGAUGUUGGCAUCUUUGUUGCUGGAGUGCUGGAGGAUAGCCCAGCUGCGAAGGAGGGCCUGGAGGAGGGUGACCAAAUUCUCAGGGUAAACAACGUAGAUUUUGCAAACAUAAUCCGAGAGGAGGCAGUGCUGUUCCUCCUGGAUCUUCCUAAAGGUGAAGAGGUCACAAUUUUGGCUCAGAAGAAGAAAGAUGUCUAUCGGCGGAUUGUGGAGUCUGAUGUGGGUGACUCCUUUUACAUCCGGACCCACUUUGAGUAUGAGAAGGAAUCUCCAUACGGGUUAAGCUUUAACAAGGGCGAGGUGUUCCGUGUAGUGGAUACCCUCUACAAUGGCAAGCUGGGUUCCUGGCUCGCUAUUCGCAUUGGCAAGAACCAUCAGGAGGUGGAGAGGGGUAUCAUCCCCAACAAAAACAGAGCGGAGCAGCUCUCCAGUGUGCAAUACACACUCCCCAAAACAGCUGGGGGUGACCGGGCGGACUUCUGGAGGUUCCGUGGUCUUCGCAGUUCAAAGAGGAACCUCAGGAAGAGCCGAGAAGAUCUUUCUUCACAGCCAGUCCAGACAAAGUUCCCAGCAUAUGAGAGGGUUGUAUUGAGAGAAGCUGGUUUCUUAAGACCUGUUGUGAUAUUUGGACCUAUUGCCGAUGUUGCACGUGAAAAACUCUCCAGAGAAGAGCCAGAUCUUUUUGAGCUUGCAAAGAGCGAGCCCAGAGAUGCAGGAACAGACCAGCGGAGUUCAGGAAUUAUUCGUCUUCACACCAUUAAACAAAUCAUAGAUAGAGACAAACACGCUGUGCUGGACAUCACUCCGAAUGCUGUGGACAGGCUGAACUAUGCUCAGUGGUACCCAAUCGUAGUCUUCCUAAAUCCGGACAAUAAGCAGGGUGUGAAGAACAUGAGGACAAGGCUGUGUCCAGAGUCCAGGAAAAGUGCCAGGAAGCUGUACGAGCGAGCCAUCAAACUGAGGAAGAAUAAUCAUCACCUGUUCACCACCACCAUUAACUUGAACAACAUGAAUGACGGUUGGUACGGAGCUCUGAAAGAAACAAUCCAGCAGCAACAGAACCAGCUGGUGUGGGUCUCUGAGGGAAAGGCGGAUGGCACCACAGAGGAUGACUUGGAUAUCCACGACGACCGUCUGUCUUACCUGUCAGCACCAGGUAGCGAGUACUCCAUGUACAGCACGGACAGCCGUCACACAUCUGACUACGAGGACACGGACACGGAGGGCGGCGCGUACACGGACCAGGAGCUCGAUGAGACCUUGAAUGACGAGGUGGGUCUGCCCACGGAGCCCGCCAUCACACGGUCUUCCGAACCUGUGAGGGAAGACCCACCUGUCAUUCAGGACACCCCUGGCUACCCUGGAUAUCAGCACCCAGUGGCGCCCGACACAGCUAAUCGUAUAGACCCCACGGGCUUCAAAAUGCCAUCUCCACAGCAGCAAGAGGAGGCUUCUCUGCCCAUGCCCUCCUUGCCUGCAGCGGUGGUAGCGCCCCCUGCUGUUGAGCAGCCUGUACAGCUAGAGGGUAUGCACCUAGAGGAGCCCCCUGCUGCACCCGCAGCUCCUCGGGCUGACUCACUUAGCAGCCUCAGUCCUGCCCCUGAGCUUAUUCAGCCCCCAGCACCAUCACAUGAACCCCACCCGUCUGGACCACCUGGUCCAGAACCAAAGAUGUACAAGAAAGAUCUAUACAAUAUGGAGGAACCUGUGCAAAUGAACCAUGGCUUGAAGCAGUCACUGAGCUACACUCACCAGCCACCAUACCAGGACAAGCAGCCAUACCGAGAAUACGACCACCCGCCUUACGGUUACGAUGGAGGCGGCUACCCAGAACCAAAGUCUCACAACGCUGACUGUCACAUGCACUACGACAACCGUGUGCCUCAUUACAACGAACAGUGGUCCCCCUACGACCAGCAGACCUCAUCCUGCCAGCCUGCAGGUUACCAGCCGGGCCACCAGCAACCCAUCGGCUACAACCUCCGGUCACCGUACGAGGAUGAGCCAGGGAGGGACUAUAGCCCGCCUCAGCCACGAUAUGAAGACCCUCUUCCUGUGGGAUAUGAUGGCAGAUCACGCCACAGUAAACCUGGGCCAAUUCGUUAUGACGAACCGCCCCCACCGCUUCGCCCCGCAGGCUUCAAUGUGCGCUCUUCUUAUGAGGCAGAUACUCACAGCUUUCCCAUUAACUCGCCUCGUUCUCCAGAACCGCCAAAGCAGUACUACGGCGACUCUGGUCUAAGGCCCUCCUACAUCCCUGGGCCACAACGGGGCUUCAAGGCAGGGAUGCAUGAGCCUGUGAUGAACUCUGAGCCACCAGUUCUCCCUCCUAAAACAGAGACCCUCACAUCCCCUGGUGAGCCAGCAGUCACUCCUGGAUCCAAACCCUUGCCACCCCACCAACGGGAAGACCUGGAUGAGGACCCGGCCAUGAAACCACAGUCGGUCCUCAACAGAGUAAAGAUGUUUGAAAAUAAACGUUCCGUUUCUAUGGACAGAGCGAAGGAAGGAGAAUCAUCAGUUCUCAGGCCAGCAGAUGUUCCCAAACCUUCAAGUGCACCUGGUCCAGUGCUCAAGGCAAAUUCGCUCAGCAACCUGGAGCAGGAAAGGCCCUCCCACAGGGCUCCUGAACCCCAGAGGCCUCACAUAAAACCGCUUGAUGAUGUAAUGCGUACCAAUCACUAUGACCCGGAUGAGGAUGAGGAGUACUACAGGAAGCAGUUGUCCUACUUUGACCGUCGGAGCUUUGACAGCAAAGCCAUGGGCCAACCCAACCCUGGCAUCAAUCGCUUCCACGAUCUGCCCAAACCAGCUCAACUGUCAUACCCGUACAACAGGGUGGAGUCUGUCGAGAAAGUGAGUCCAGGGGAGAAACGAUAUGAUCCCCUACCUCAGAUUUGCCCCUCUUCUCAAUACGGACCCCCCGGCUCUGCCAUCCCACCCAAUACACUGCCCAAACUCAGCCCGAGUGACGUGAACUCCAUAUCUGAGCCACUGAGCUCCCCCAAUCCCAAACCUGAUCUGUCGGCUCUCAGACCAGUUAGCAGGGAGGAACCAACACCGAUAGGCUAUCUGCCCCCAAGGGCCAUCCCCGACAAGUCCCCAAUCAAUGGUACAGAUGCAGCUCCCCCAAAGACCAUCGGCGCUCCCGCUCCCACCGGUUACAACCGCUACGUCCCCAAGCCGUACACCAGCUCAGCACGACCGUUCGAGCGCAAGUUCGAGAGCCCCAAGUUCAACCACAACCUGCUGCCCAACGACACACAGGCGAAGACUGAGCUCCUCGGCAAGCUCGGAAUAGUGAGCAAUAGCGGGGGAAAGCCGCAGCUCUCACCUCAGCCUCUGGACCAUGACAGUGGUCUGGACACUUUCACUCGCACCAUGGACAACAGGCCCAAAUACCAGCACAAUAACAUCAACGCCAUCCCCAAGGCCAUUCCUGUAAGCCCUGGCGCACUGGACGAUGACGACGAGGAUGAAGGGCACACUGUGGUGGCCACCGCCCGAGGCAUCUUCAACUGUAACGGAGGGGUCCUUAGCUCCAUCGAGACAGGCGUCAGCAUCAUCAUCCCCCAGGGAGCAAUUCCAGAGAACGUGGAGCAGGAGAUCUACUUCAAGGUGUGCCGCGACAACAGCAUCCUGCCCCCCCUCGACAAGGAGAAAGGAGAAACGCUGCUAAGUCCACUGGUGAUGUGCGGCCCUCACGGACUCAAGUUCCUGAAGCCGGUGGAGCUGCGCUUACCUCACUGUGCGUCUAUGACCCCUGAUGGUUGGUCUUUUGCUCUAAAAUCCUCCGACUCCUCGUCGGGUGACCCUAAAAGCUGGCAGAACAAAUCUCUCCCCGGAGACCCAAACUACCUGGUGGGCGCAAACUGUGUUUCUGUGCUCAUCGACCACUUCUGAAGAGGGCGACAGCUGGUCUGUUACAGUAUGUGAAAGAAAGGGGGGCGUCUGUUGCCUGCGCUGCGGCGAGGUGGGGGGGGGGGCCACAUGGCAUUCACCUCAAGGGUGAAUCCAACACUCUCACAUUGUUUACUGGCCCCCCUCAAAAAAAAAAAAAACAUAA